CUAAAAGUGAGACCAGCUGUCGAUGUAGCCGGAGUUUGCACAUCCGCUACAUGCGGCCCUGCUGGUUAAGCAUAAUGGGAAAAGAGGCAUGCUACUGUUCCCAAUAUAAAUUGGUAUGAUAUCGCGCUGCUUGAUUAGUCUCCAUCAAUCUCAACUUGUAAAAUAGCUUCACCAGCACAUAAUGCGUAUCUCACUCUUUACUCUUUUUCUGGGAGCAUUGACUUCUGCCAUCCCCUUGGAAGAUGCUGCUUUAAAUACGCGUGCUAUUGAGUGCAGUGAUCUGCCUGCAGUCACUGAUGAAGUUAGUUAGCAUUUUACCUGUGAAAGAUUAUUGGCAACUGACAUGACAGUUCGACGAAAUCCAAGUCCUCCCCGCUCUACCGCAGGUCAACGCUAUCACCGCGCCAGUACCAAACGGGACUUAUCUGGCCUAUACCAAUGCGGGCUAUGCCAACAUUGGCUCUCUAUCCAAUGUCAAGCCGCCCAGCCUUCCCAACGAUAUCUACGUGUCGCCACGGAUCAACAAUGCCGUUAUUACCCCCGCCUUCAACCGCGCGAAUGCCUUCAAGCUCACUAGGUUCCGAUACGCCUGUAUUGGCCAGACACAGCUAUCAAUCCUCGAGUUGCCCUCGACGUGCACCUUCGACUUCAUUUGCAAUGUGUUUGGAUCAUCUCAAAUAAGGAAGAAAAGUUUCAAAUUUCAGUCAGAUAACAUACUUGGAAGCACCUUCAACAUCGGGACUUUUGGGGCGGAUUUUGCCAAUCUAUCGCAGUGCAGUGUUCAGGUGGCCAGCGGAAGUGUAGCUGGGCUUCUCGAAUCACCUUUUCUCCAAGGAUUCGUGGUCCUGGCUAUCGACAACGUAGAAAACCAAGGACAGCUUUGUGCCAGACGUAGCGUCCUAUGACUUGGAUAGGCGUAUUGGAGUUAUGACGUCGAGAUUGAGUGAUAUGUUACGUUGGCGAUGAAGAAAGAGAAGACGUAUCAUUUGGUUAUGUACGGGUGAUUUAUCCUGUAGACAAAUAACGCACGUCAACAUGCUGAAGGAUGUAUGGCAUUGAAUCAGGAAGUUGUAUCAUGUGUCACGUAAAUCGAAAUUGAUCAAGCUAUAUCUAUUCCUCCGCCUAAAAUCCGAACCGAGUGACGGAUACC